UUUCUGUCCUUUAUAGGCCAGCGAUUUUUGGAUCAUUUGCGACCACACAAACCUCGUCGAAUGCGAGUUCGAACAAAUUUUAGUCCGUGGCAGUUGGAGCAGCUUGAGCGAGCGUUUACAACGACUCACUACCCUGAUGUCUUCAUGCGCGAAGCUCUUGCAUUAAGGCUUGAUCUCACGGAAGCCAGAGUUCAGGUAAUGUUAGUUACGAAAAUAAUUUUAACUUUUAACUUUUGCUUAACCAUUCAGCUUCAAUUUGUGUUUCGCGCCUUUACUAUGGUACAAAGGUAACAGGUAUUUUCCGCAAGAUCAAGUCCACCAUACAGCAAGCAAUUUCACCUACGUCAUUUUUGUGCAUCACUGGUUAGUCACAAUAGGAAAUCUCUUCAACAUUUGCUGUUUCCUAAAUCUGAACUCUGAUACAUAUUGUUGUCAAAACAGCGUUAUCAUAUGGUUUUCAAGUUCAAAAAAAGUUGGCUCAGUUGACGGAAGGGGAGAAAGCUCCUCUGGACAGCAUUAGAUUAUUUCUUUAAUUCGUGAAUUAGAUAUGUGAUGUAUCCCCUUAGGGUAUUUAAAGCAGGCUUCACAACCGUCAAGGCGCUCGUACGUAGGGUAGAAACAUUGUGUUCUAACCGUGAAAAAAAAAACAAUUGUAUCAAAUUCAACAAAGUUCUUCUUUAAACCGUUUAAGACAGAAACAGUCAAAACAUUGAUAGAAUUUAAUAAGAACAGAAAACAAUAUUCCUGCGGUCAAAAAGAUAGAGGGAAAACUACACAUUUUGUCUGUUAAUUUUGACGUUGCGUCACUCAGGAGCUAUUGAACUGUUUCAAUGCGUUGUUCUUAUGUUUAUACACGUUGUCGAUUGAUAUCCUCUUCGCUUACAUUCAUGCGACAGGUGGGAGGAGAGGUGAUGUAGUGAAGGCAAAACAAAAUCAGAACUCGCUUGAAUAGCGUUUCCUCGUUACAAUUCACCGACCGUCACUUUCAGUUUGCGUCAGUAACACUGACGCACUGUAUCGGUUUAAUCGCAUCCGCACACUGAAAACUCAGAAUUAUGUUGAAUGUUAAACAAGAAGACAACAAUGAAAUCGCAAAUUAAAAGUCUAUAAAAUCAACAUGAUCAUAAUCUUCAUUACUAACCACAGCGGUUGUCACUUUUAAUUUGCGAUUCGAGAUCAGUAAUUACUUUUUUUUCUCCUCUACUUCUCGCUUCACCACUCUCUUUGAGGAUAUCACCUUUGUCUGUAAUGAGCCUCAUUGUCAACGACGAACAUUUAUCCGAUGCUUGCGGCAUCCAUUUCUUGUGUUACUGUGUCCAGAAUCAAUACCUGCCACGCUUUUCCCAUUCUUCUUUAUUUCAUUUUAAUUAGAAAAUUUUUUUAAUAAGAUGAACUGAAAUACGUUACCAAAUGUCACUCUCUCAGCCUUGCGCAAUGUGUUACCUUCGUUGAAAAUCGUAAAUAAAAAGAAACUCUACUCGUUAAACAGAAAAUGGUCUACGUAAACUUCUAACGGCUUUUAAUGGGUAGCGAAUAUCUUUUUUGAAGGAUUAUCCUCAAUAAACAGUUACAUCGUUUAACAGGAAUGGAUAAAUGUUAUCUAAACCAAAAUUGACAAGCGAUCAGUUAAAAUGCAAAUUCUGUUGUUCUUAUCAAGCAAAUGUCGCCUUUUAUUGUCUCCUGCCACGAAGGCCAUUUAUUCGCAAGAAAGGAAUAAUUACUUCGUAAUAUUUUAUUUAUCUCAUCUUUCCACAUAAAAAAGACUUAAUGAAUGCGCUAAGUUUUGUUUUAAAGUAUCGAAACAUUUGCUAAACGAGAGGUUAAUAACUUUUAAGGAAACCGCAUGCAAUGUAAGCACAAAUUAAAAAACAAAAUCUAAAAAGGUCAUUGUUUGGUUUGAACUAUAGUUACUCAUGUUUUCAACCGCAGAUUUCUUUUAAGGAAGUUAAUAUAAUAAAGAACCUCGCAUGAUACCACAAGGAGAUACCUAAGAUAUCAUUAAACUUAACUGACGUGUCUCGUCUUACAUUUAUUAUUUUAGGUGUGGUUUCAAAACCGACGCGCAAAGUGGCGAAAACGAGAGAAAGCGAAAGAUAGUGAAGACGCCGAGAAAGAUUCCGAGAAUGGCGAAGAAACAGACCAACAAGAAGAUGAGAACCGAGAGAAGGAAGACGAGGAGAAGAACAUAAAAAAGGAAGCUGGAAGAUGCAGUGUGGGGCUGGUAGGGCAUUUUCAAACCGCUGAAAAGAAAACAUCGGAAGACGAAAACGGCGGAUUAAAGCCCAUGGUAAAAAUGGAAUUCCCAGAGCAGUAUCAAGGCCCCUUUAAGGGAUGCGGACAUGGUUAUUCGCUUGAUGAUAACGAGCACAGCGCUAGAGAUUUGGAGUAUUUUGAAAAGAUCCGAAGCUCGAGCAUCGCCGCCCUUCGGCGGAGAGCUAAGGAGCACGAGGUCCUGCUAACUUCGCAUAAUUCUGGGAUGUAG